AUGGCUAAAUGGUUUCGAUCAGAGCCCAUGGAGUACAUCUCCAUCAUUUUGAAUGAAGAUGCUGCUCAUGGAUGUCUCGCCGACCUUGGAAAGUUGGAAGCCGUUCAGUUUUCAGAUUUGAACCCAGAUUUGACCCCGUUUCAACGGCGAUACGUCUCUUACGUUAGACGUUGUGAUGAAUUGGAACGGACUCUGCGAUAUUUCGUGCAAGAAAUUGAAAGGUUUGACCUUGAGAUUGAGUCAGCUGGACAUGUCGAUAACUUUUUGAACGAUCCUUCGCUUGUACCUGGAUCACAGGAUUCUUCUGAAAAGAGUGGGGCUCGACUCUUGGAGAGUCUGGAGAAUGAAUUGGGAAAUUACGAUACGCAACUUCGGGAGCUAAAUAACUUUAGUGAAAAGCUCACAACCGAGUACAACGAAAAAGUUGAGCUCCACGAAGUCUUGGACAAGGCUCGGCGGUUCUUUAUGAUUGAUGCACCUCGACUUGCAGCUGCCGAACAAGACACUUUGGAAUUUCCAGAUGAAGAAGGUUGGGGCCUUCUGGGCCAACGUCGCGAACAGGACAUGCGCUUCUCUUCUAUCACUGGUGUCAUUUCCAAUGAUGAGAAAGCCCGGUUUGAGCGAAUGAUCUUCCGGUCUACUCGUGGAAACGUCUUUAUUCGUUUCGCCAACAUUGAUCAAGCCAUCACGGAUCCGCACACUGGGAUGUCCGUUGAAAAGUCUGUAUUCAUCAUUUUCUACAAGAGUGCAGUUAUCGAAGCCAAGCUGGUGAAGAUCUGUAGUGCUUUCAGUGCCAAUCGUUACAGUGUUCCUGAUGAUCCUUCCAAGGUUGACGAGAUGCUGACAGAAAAUGCGCAAGAGCUUGUCGAUUCGCGUACUGUCUUGCUUCGGAAUCAAGCCGCUCGGUUUCGAAUGUGCCAGCUCCUCGCUCGCCAUACUGAGAAAUGGACAUGGAUUGUCCUCAAGGAAAAGGCUGUGUAUCACUCGCUGAACAUGUUCAAGGCUGAUGUUUCUGGUAUCCUCCGCGGAGAAGCUUGGGUCCUUGCUGAAGAGCGGGAAAAGGUGCGCCGGAUUAUUAUGCAAGCACAUGCCAAUGUGUGUAUCACCAUGCAAAGUGUUGUGGACUAUGUACCUCAACCUUGGCCGACGCCUCCGACACACUUUGUGACGAACAAGUUCACCUAUGGAUACCAAGAAUUCGUUAACACAUAUGGUAUUCCACGAUAUCGGGAGGCAAAUCCAGCACUUUUUACAGCAGCAACUUUCCCAUUUUUGUUUGGUGUCAUGUAUGGAGAUAUUGGACAUGGUCUAUUCCUGUUUUGCGCCGGACUGUUUCUACUGUACAAGGAAAAAGAAAACGACAAUGCCAAGCUUGGAGAAAUGGCAGAAGGAUUGCAUGCCGGUCGUUAUAUGAUUACGAUGAUGGGAUUCUUUGCCAUUUAUGCUGGUUUCAUUUACAAUGACUGUUUCUCGCUUGGACUGAACUUCUUUGGCUCUAGAUACGUCUUUGAGAACCAAGAGUUUGGGAGCAUUGAGGAGGGAACCAAGGCGACGCCGAUCGGGUCGUAUGGAUCAGAUGAAUCUGUUUACCCUUUCGGUCUGGAUCCAAUCUGGCACGUUUCUACCAACGAGCUUCUGUUCUUCAAUAGUUUCAAAAUGAAACUUUCUGUCAUCUUUGGUAUCAUGCAGAUGUUUAUGGGAACAUGCCUGAAGGGACUAAAUGCAGUCUACUUUGGAGAGAAACUGGAUUUUCUUUUCGAGUUUCUGCCGAUGGUUGUCUUUGCUUCGUCGCUUUUCGUAUACAUGGUCUUCUUGAUCUUCUUGAAGUGGAGCAUUGAUUGGAACUCGCGCAUGCUUUCCGCAACGUGUUUAGACCCAGCUGGUGACACGUGGGGUUCUCCUGACUUCAAUGGUGAAUGGACGAUGUGCGACAAGAACGGAACCGGUCUUUGUACACCAAGUGGUUACAGUUGUCAAACAGGUGACCUUACGGUACAAAAGUGCCCAUUGGAUUAUGGUGGUUCCGGAGAUGGCUGCCAACCACCAAACUUGAUCACUACUCUGAUCAAUAUUGCCCUGCAGCCUGGCGAUGUCGACGAACCCAUGUAUGCAGGACAAGACUAUGUGCAGUCGAUUCUUUUAUUACUUGCUUUUGGAUCAGUGCCUGUACUGUUGCUGGCCAAGCCAUAUUUGCUGAGUCAAAAACACCAAUACCAACCAAUUACUCACCAUGGGGAUGAUGAGGAUGAUGGACAUGAAGAGGAAUCUUUUGGAGAGAUUCUUAUUCACCAAGCCAUUGAAACGAUUGAGUUUGUUCUUGGUAUGGUCUCCAACACAGCAUCAUAUUUGCGUCUUUGGGCCUUGUCACUUGCCCACACAGAACUAGCGACAGUCUUCUGGGAAAAGGCGAUGCUAUCGACUUUGAACAUGAAUUGGUUCGCAGCCUACAUUGGUUUUGGAGUCUUUGCAGGUGUCACUUGUGGUGUACUGCUUAUGAUGGAUGUCUUGGAAUGCUUUUUACAUGCAUUGCGUUUGCACUGGGUUGAGUUUCAGAACAAAUUUUUCAAAGCAGAUGGUGUCCGAUUUGCACCAUAUUCAUUCAAGCAAAUCAUAAAGGAGGCUUCAUAA